AUGACACGAAAGGCAGACCUUCUUGAGGAAGCCGACCAGAAGCCCGCACCUAAAAAACAGAAAAAGGACGGCAAAGCUAUCACCGUCGUGUCCGAUGGUGAGAGUAAGCCUGACAUCAAAACACUUGAAUCCAAAUGCAUGUCGCGAGCUGAAACCAAGGAUAUCCAGGCAUUGGCCAAGGAGAACAACGAGUUGCAGGCCACUGUCCAAAUGAACAUUGCUGCCAUGAAGAUAGUAUCAUCUGAAAACAAAGAGCUUGAAGACGACAACUUGGAGAAGUCUCGAACUAUCCAAAAGCUCAAGGAUGAGUUUCUGUUGCAGGAGGAUGAGAUAUCCAGCAACAGGGCCAAGUACAAGGACACUAAGGCCAAGCUUCAGGACAUCAAGCUCAAAUAUGAAAACAACUUGAUUGCCCUCAAGGAUGCCGCUUCAAAACAGGAGGACACUGAGGCUGAACUCAAAGACACCGUGUCCCAACUCGAGAAGUCCCGCCGUAACGAACAGAAUCUCCAGCGACAGAUCAGGACCUUAGAAGACAAGGUCAAGGGCUGGGAAUUGGAAGCAGGCCAGGCCAACCACGCCAGCCUGGCCACUGUCGCACUAUCAACCCAUGGGUUGGCCGCUCAAAUCGAAGACAGAUUCAACCGGCUAGAAAACGCCAUGGUAGAACUCGCAAAGAAACAACAGGCCGGAUUUGAUGCUAUAACAGAGGAGCUGUCCAAGAAGGACAACUAUUGGUUCGGACAGAAACCAUGCCGUCUUAGCAACAAGUAUCUCCUUAGAGUUAAGGAUUUCGAAAAGAUCAACAGCACCAAAGACAAGGACAUUGCUAAGGCUGACGUCAAACUUGCUCAAAACUUCGACGAAAUCAAAAAGCACAUGCCCGAUAAUGCCAAAAACAAAGUUUAUCCAGUUUGUGAAGACAGAGGAUCGGGUAACAAGUGA